UGCGGCUUCGCUUUUGUAGUCGAUAUAUCUUCCUCCACAUUUAUCGUAUACUUGUAUUCUGUAUCGAUAUGAUAUAUUUACGCAUAUCACUGUGCAUAUUUUUAAAUAAUACCGUAAUAUGAAUUGUGUAUACAUACAGGGGAUGUGUGAAAUCGUUACAUCAACAAUAUAAAACAUGACUAAUGAUUUAGAAGUGUACAAUGAAAGUAUAUGAUGAAGUAAAAAUGAUUUCUUGACAGAACGAGGCAGUGGAACCAAGAUGGAUUCUGCACGUAGUGGAGGCGUCAUAGAAGAACAAGGCAGCGAUGAAGAUCUGUCGCCAGAUGCAUUGGUCAGACAAAAUUACGAACUCCGUCAUCGGUUGGAAGAAGAGGCUGCAAGCUACAAAAGACGUUUGGACACAUAUCGGCAGGCUCAGCAACAUCAGGCAGCUCUUGUCUCACGUUUACAAGCUAAAGUUUUACAAUAUAAACAAAGAUGUUCAGAACUGGAAAAUCAAAUGGCAGAAACAAUUCCGUGUGACACUACCAGCAAACCAGCAGCUGCCGCUGUAUCCUCUACUUCAGUAUUAGAUGCUGCCCAUCAGACACUUCGGGACUUGCGUGAAGAGCAAAUUCAUGACUUGGACACUGCCUUAAAAAAGCUUGGGGAGGAGCGACGAAAAUGUGAGAAGCUUCUACAGUUGAACUCAUCGCUGAAAGACCAGCUGGAAGAAUCUCACCAAACGAACGAGACGCUGACCAAUGAUCUGCAGAAACUAAGCAACGACUGGGAUAUAUUGCGCGAGGAACUAGCGAUUAAGGAGGAUGAAUGGAAGGAGGAAGAGCAGGCGUUCAAUGAAUAUUAUACCUCCGAACACAACAGAUUACUGAAUCUUUGGCGCGAUGUUGUGUCCGUCAAACGAUUGUUCGCUGAAAUGAAAUCCGCCACUGAAAGGGAUCUGUCCAAUCUGCGGAAUAAGAUCACCUCGUCGUCCAAUGAGAUCACCUCGGCGUGCAAUAGUACAAGUUUUACCAUGAGACUGCAAGCAAGCGCGGCGCAAUCUAUGCCGUCUAAGAAAAUGCAGGAAGAAGAAGAAGGACAAACCAUGUCCGACUUGAGGACAGAAAUUGCCGCGCUUAGGCACCAACACGAUGCUGCUCAACAUGAGAUUCGUACGAAGGAAGACCGAAUAAAUCAACUCAUCCGGGAAAUUCACAAUUUGGAAGAGAGAUGCGGCGUCUCGGAAGCAGCAGUGACUCAAACCGCGCGAAUGCAGGAGGACAUCGAGGUUCUGCAAACAGCGUUAAGGGACAUAGCGCAUGCCGUGAUUCAGGACGCCGAGUCUCGAGAUAUCGACGCCAAACAGGCGCCUCCGCACAUUCAUCUAUCACCCAGCGGCCCUAUCCCGCAAAGAUCGCCGAAGAGAGGCGCGAGAAGUAACACCAUACCGGCAUUCGCUGAAAGUACCAUAAGCGCGGUACAAGCGGCUCUGCAUAAGUAUCAAUUGACUAUACACGAGUUACAGGUAAAACUACAAAUGAACAAGGAACAGCUCUUAGCAAUGCGCAAACAGUGCGAUACCGCGGAGGAGAACGCUAGAUCUCUAAAUGUAAAAGUUACAGAGUUGAUUUCUCAGUUGGACACGUGUCGUUCGCAAUGCACUCAGUUGAAUCAAGAGAAGGAAAUGCUGCAGAAGGGUCUCGACACGAUGAGAUUGGAGAAGAACGCGUUGGAUAAGAAUAGAGUGGAACUUAAUAGUAUGGUGGAAGCUCUUAAUAACGAUUAUGAUAAGCUUCAAAAGACAAACAACAAGUUACAGAAAAUGUGCGACAGUUUGGAAGAUGAAAAAUUGUAUCUGCAAAAUGAACUCAGUAGAGUAUCGAAGGACGCUGACUUGAGAGAGUUGAGUUUACGGUCAGAAGAAGAUAGAUGCAGUAAAAUGAGAGAAGAGCUGUUGACAUUGCGAGAAGAUUUAAGCAAAGCUUAUCUCGCCAAGGAUAUGUUGGAACAGCAAAAAUUGGAAACCGACGGACUAAUUUCUCAGAUAGAAAAAAACAAAGGUGAUCUUGAAUUGGAAUUGGAACGAAUAUUAUUGGAAAAGUCAGACGUGCAGGAGAUUUUGUUGAAGAUAGAAGCGAUGUGCUCUAAUCACGAGCAGGAUAAGCAGAGAUUGCAAGAGGAAUUGAAGAGGACGACGGACGAGAAAAAUAAGCUCGCGAGUCAAUGCGUCGACCAACAAGGCGAUUUAAAUUCUUUGAGGAAAGAGUUGUUACAAGCGGAGCAAACCCGACUCGAUAUAGAAUCCGAGAAAGUUACGUUGAACGAAAAGAUCAAAUUUCUCGAGAUAGAGAAGGAGAAGGUCGAGAUAGAACUGGGUCAAGUGUCUCGCGAACGCGGCGAUUUGAGCAAUCAAUUGUCUGUUUUGGCGCGAAAGAAGGAAACAUUGAACGAGGAGCUUAUGAGAAUUAGGCAAAGGCUGGAACAGUCCAACGAGAUGAAUGCGCGAAUAAAUAGGAAUUUGGAGGAUCUCGUGAAGGAUAACGAGGAGAAACAGGUGCUUCUGGAAACAAAUGAGAAGGAAUUUCAAAGACUGCAGGAGCAACUUGCGUCAAUGCGCACCGAGAAGGAAACGUUGGAAGGAGUAUUGUUCGACACGCAAACUAAUUUGGAAGCUACACACGUGAAGAAGACGCAAUUGGAGAAAGAGCAGAAAGAAUUAUUGAUAAAACAGGAAAGUUUGAAGGGGCAGAUAACGCGAGUGACGAAAGAACUGGAAAACAGCGAGAAACGCGCGCAGGAUAUCAAACAAUCGCUCACCCAACAAAGCGGCGAUCAGGUUGCGGAAUUUCAACAAAUUAUAUCCAAUAUGAAGAAGCAAUCUGAGGACAAUAUAAAGAAGGCGAAUGAUGAAAAGGAACAAGUAAGGAUGAGCUUAGAAAAACGUUUGCAACAGUCUGUGUUGCAACUCGAGGGAGAAAAGAACGACGAGAUCAAUCAACUGCAACAGCGAAUCGAGGAGUUGCAGCAGCACAUAGAGAAUUUAUGCAAGCAGCACGAGGAGGUGCUCCUUAGAGCCGAGAAUGACAAGCAACAGGCGCUCCAUAUAGCUCAUCAUGAUCAGCAGGCUUUGCUGGAGAAGCUCGAAACCAUCAUACGCGAAUUAGAGGAAGAGAAGAGUAACCUGGAUCGCGUGAAAAGGGAUGCGGCGGUGCGCGCCGAGCAAGAGCGCAACAAUACGAAUCAGCUGCGCGACGAGUUGAGCCGUCUCAGGACGAAGCUGGACGAGACGAAGUUGAGGGCCGACGAGGAGAAGAUGAAACUUGAUCUGAAGAUAGAGGAGCUUUGGAAGGAACGCGAGUCCUCGCAAAGAGAAGCCGAAGAACUGCAGGUUCAGCUGCAUAUGGCGGAGGACAAAGUAGACGGGCUGCAGAAUCAAUUGCACGACACCAUCAGGAAACUGAAGGACACCGAUAACGUUAACGAAACGCUGCGCAAGGAGCUGGUGGAUGUGAGGAGGCAAUUGGCGGACAUCACGUACGAAAAGGAGAAGUACAACAACAGUAACAAGGAGUUGCGGGAGCACGUGAAGCGGAUCGAGAGCGAGAGAAGGGAGCAGGGAAGGACGUUGGAGGAGCUGUACCAGAAGAUAUCAGGGUUGGAGGACGCAAAGACGACCAUGGACGUCGAGAGGACGCGUCUGCAGACGCAGGUGCGCGACAUGGAGCGUGACGCGCUGCAGCUGCAGCAGCAGCUCCGCUUCACGCAGGACGAGUUGCAGAAGUGUCACGAGAACAACGCACAGGCGCAGAACGAGGAGAAGGAGCUGCAGUCGAGGCUGGCCAACGAGACCGAGGAGAGGGAGCGAAUACAGCUGCAGUUGCAUCAGGUGAAGAAGCAGGUAGUCGACUUGGACAACAGUCUGGAGGUGACGCGGCAGGAGCUGGGACGACUGCGCACGCGAGCGGACGAGGAGGACGAGAGGUGGCGCGCCCGAGAGCAAGAGCUGCUGGUGCGCCUCGAGGACAGCCGUUGCCGCGAGAGGAAGCUGGAGGAUCAGAAGCACAAUCUGGAGGUCUGUCUGGCCGACGCGACCCAGCAACUACAGGAGCUGAAGGCGCGCCUCGGCGGGUCCGAGGGUAGAGUGAGAGCCCUCGACGCUCAGUUGUCGCAGUUGGAGAGCUCGAAGAAGGAGGUGGAGCAGAAGCUGAGCAGCGUGGGCUCCACGUUACGCCGCAUCGCCGGCAUCCAGCUGGACGGAAGCGUGAACAUGCCGUUCAAGUUGAUGAGCCCUUCGCGACGAUGGAGUCCGGCGCGCGCUCAAGAUCACGGCGAAGGUAGGGACGUGAUACUGGACGUCGAUCCGGAGGCCGUCAGGAAAGGCGUACGGUCGCUCAUGCAGCAAGUCGCCCAGAUCGAGCGCGAGAGGGACGACUAUAAGACGGAGCUGUGCAGCAUGAAGAAACAACUGACGGAGUCGCAGGAGAACCAAAGCGACACGGACGUCAAGGUGAACAGUCUCCUGGCUAACAUCCGGACGCUUCAGGAGGAGAAGAACUCCUUGGAGGCGAAGCUGACUCAGAAGCAAAGCGGUUAUCAAGCGCAGCACGACGCGCUCCGGCAUAAGACAGAGGAGUGUGAGCAGUUGUACGAGAAACUUACGAUUCUCGAAUUGAAGAUCAGCACGGAGGCGGAAGAGAAGUCUCAGUACGAGGACAAGCUGGAGAAGAUGAAGCAAACGUUAAGCAGAUCGGAGGCGGAGAAGCGCGCUCUCCAGGAAGAGGUCGGCCGUAGCGAGUCCCGCGCGACCAAGCUGGAGUUACAGAGAAUGUCCAUGGACGGGGAUCUCCAGAGGUUGCAGAUGAUGCUGCAGGAGAAAGACGCGCAUGUUCAGAAGUUGCAGGAUCGCACGGACGCACAGAGCCGUACUAUGGCGAGUUUGGAGGAACGCUGCGCGUCCCUCAAGUCCACCAUAGAGCAACUGAAUCUGGCGUUGGAGAAGGCGUCGGCGACGGAGAGCGAGCUCAAGGCUGAGAUGAACCUACUGCAACGUAACAUCAUGGAAAUUACCACCGCCUCGCAGAACAACAACGAGAGGCUGAAACAGCUGCAGAAACAGCUCUCGAACACGGAGAACGAUCGCAGAUUGUUGUCCGAACGUCUGGAGACCGCUCAGCAGACCCUGAGCGAUUUGAGACACGCGAACCAGUCGCUGACCGAUCAGAACGCACGGCUGCAGAACGAGUUGGCGAACAACGAGGUGCAGCGCUCGGCUUUGGAGUCGCAGCUGAGACUGUCCAGCUGGCCGCAGGAGGGCAGCGCGAGUAAGGACGAAGAGCUGCUGCGCCAAUUGCAAGCCGCUCAGAGAGAGAGAAGCGAGAUGAGAGGGAAGGUGGACGCUCUCAACGACAAGGUGAAGCUGCUGGAGGCUGACAAGCGCAACCUGGAGCGUCAGGUAGCCUCGGCCAAGACCAACGUUAUUCGUAGCAAAAGCUACGAGCGUCCCGAGAAAGCGCACGUGGAACUUCUGGGCACGAGCUACAGCCUCGACAACUUGGAACACGAGAACAGAGAGCUGAGGCUGAAGAUACGCAGACUGGAGACCCAACUGGCGGAGAAGGAGGCCGAGCUGAUACGAGUGAAGUCAACGCACGUGCACUCGCAUUCGCUUCUGGACAGUAGUCGAGACAGAAGCGGAGAGCUGGAGCGAAUCCGGGCCGCACAGCUGCAAGCGGAGAAGCUGCUGGAAGCGAGAGAGCAGAGCCACCGUCAGCAGGUGUUGCGUUUGGAGAAUCAGAUACAACUGCUACGAGAACAACUGAAUCAGGAGAUAAAGCGCAGGCAGCUGUACGUUUUGCGGAGCUCACGAGCCGGCAGAGAGAUGCAGCAGCUGCGACAGGCGUUGGGCGACUCGUUGAGGACAGUGGCGCAGGAUCCGUCGUUGGACGCGGUUCUGUUGGAGCACGAGGCGCGGAAAUUGGACUCCACCUUGACCAGCACCGCCAGCUUACCGCCGUCAUUGGCGCUACCAGCUCCACCGUCGUCUUACGACAGAGCCAGCACUCCGUCGCGGCAACAGAAAAUGAAAAAAAAUGCUAUGUUUAGUCUCGUCCCGAGACCAAAGAAAAUCAGCAAACAAGAGCAUUUAAACUGUGGAGUCACAAGGCGUUCGUUCGCAAUGUCGGACAAUAUUAAAGUGGCUAUCAAAAUCAGGCCGCUCAUCAAGCGUGAGAAGGACGAUAAUUUGCCGAUACAAUGGGUCGGUCAAGGAAACGCCAUCGUGGCCGUCGACGCGGAGAUAAAGAAGCGAGGCGAUGGAAGAUUUCAGUUCGAUCAUAUUUUCAAUAUGGACGCCAGCAACAAUGAUGUGUUCUGCAGCAUCGUGAGCCCUAUCAUUGAUGCUGCUGUAAAUGGAUUCAACGGUACAGUGUUUGCAUACGGACAGACAAGUUCUGGUAAAACAUACACUAUGAUGGGUACCAAGGAAGAGGAUGGAAUAAUACCGUUGGCUAUUAAACGAUUGUUUGAAGCUAUAGCUGAUACUCCAGGACGCGAGUUUCUAUUAAGGGUGUCUUACUUAGAAAUUUAUAAUGAAAAAGUUAAUGACCUUUUAACUAAUAACAAAGAUGAUCUAAAAAUACACGAAGGCAAUGGUCAAGUAUUGGUGGAGUGUAAGGAAGUGGUUAUAAAUAGUCCAGAGAAUAUACUUUCUUUAAUGAGUAAAGGUAACAAGAACAGAAAAAUAGGGGAAACGAAUAUGAAUGAGCGAAGUAGCAGGAGCCACACGAUAUUUAGAAUUACGAUUGAAAGUCGAGAAGCUGGUUCGGACGGUGCAAUACAAUUAUCACAACUGAACAUGGUGGAUCUCGCUGGCUCGGAGAGAGCACGGCUAACAGGUGCUACUGGGGAACGUUUUAAGGAAGGACGUCAUAUUAAUUUAUCCCUGUCCACAUUGGCACUAGUGAUUAAGCAAUUGAGCGAGUCGCAAGAAUUGCAGAAAUACAUUAAUUUCCGAGAUAGCAAAUUGACAAGGUUGCUUCAAACGUCUUUAGGCGGCAAUGCGAUGACAGCAAUAAUAUGCGCGGUGACGCCUGCCGCAAUAGAAGAGACCCAAUGCACAUUAUCGUUUGCAUCCAGAGCCAGAGAUAUAAAGAAUAAGCCUCAAUUGAACGAAGUUAUGUCCGAUAGUGUUCUCUUGAAACGUUAUGCAAAACAAAUCAAUAAAUUACAGACGGAAUUGGAGAGAGUGAAACAACAAAACUGGUGCGUUGAAGUGCAAGAAAUGGAGCACAAAAUGCAAGAGAAAGACCGGGUGAAUGAAGAACUAGAGGAGCGCAUCAGGCUAUUGCAGACACGAAUAGUCGCCGGUGAUAAUCGUAAUAACGUUCAAGAAUCGUUCAAGUCUAAAGCGUUACGAAGACGGACCUGGUGCGGCACUGGUGCUGCAUCACACAAACUGAAUACAUCUGUCUUUCAUAUGGCCGCGAACUUAUCGCCGAUCAAAGAAAUGUCACCUUUGCGUAGUAGGAAUAGCUCAUCUAAUUUGGAUACAUCAUUCCAAAUUGCUUAUACGGACUUCGAGCUGGAACUUCUGAACAACGAGGUGGAUCGUGAGGAGGAGAUGAGUGACGAUGACACGUAUAUAACAUAUCGCAAGAACACUCGUGUGAAGUUUGACGACGACCUAAUCGUGCGCAAGUUGUCCUCCAGCUGCGGCAAUUUCACCGUGAGUCCGGAGACAGCUGACGGAUGCACUCAGACUGCAUUUAACGGAUCACCCGGCACACCAAGAGAGACACUGCGGGAAAGGAUGCACAACUUGAAGAUGGAAUACUCGGAGCUGCAAGAAUUCACGACUUUGGAGAAACAGCUGUACUUCGAGGACCAUCGUGGCAAAUUAGAAGAGAAGCUCGCGAUGUUGACCACGUUGGAGAAGCGGAUAGAAAACUUAACGUCCGACCGGGAUGCUUUCGAGCAUAUAGCAUCCGACCUUCGUAAAAAGUUAACCGCAGUCGAGCUACGCUGCGCAUCCGCGGAGGAUCAAGUGUCGGCGCAAGAAACGGAGCUGCAGAGAAUACCGGAAUUGGAGAGGAAGCUCGCGCAAUUGUCCGCGCUGGAGGUGCAGGCUAAGAGCAUUCCCGAACUGCAGGAACGGAUAACGGUUCUUACGGCCGAGAAGGACGGAUACGAACACGUCGCGGCUACACUGCACAAGAAGCUCAACGAGACCGAGCAAUGCGUCGUUCUGUUGGAGGACAAAUUAACAACGCGGACCGCGGAAGAAGAGCCGCUUAUACGAUUUUCGAUUGGGGCCGAGAGUACAGAACAGGCGGGAUUCGAGACUCUCGUGUCUGAAAAAGAGGAAUUGCAACGUGAGGUGUCCGAUCUUCAAAGCAAGCUGGAGGAGGCGAACUUGUGCAACGACUCGUUGAGGGAGAAACUGAACGAGCAGCGAUUGAUGCACGAACAGUCUCUCCAGAAUCUUGUUGAGCAAACCAACGAACUUCGAUCGGAGAAGAACGAGAUUGAGAGUGUCAUGUGUGUGGAAGAUUAUUCCGAAUCGGAGAAGUGGCAAGACCAAGAGAAGCGAAUCCAGCAACUCGCAUCCGAGAAGCACGAGCUGGAGCUCAUCAUCGGUGAGCUGCAGGAGAAAUUGAUCGAGGCGGAGAUAACGACCACUUCGAUGAAAGGCGAGAUAAACGAGCACCAGCGGUGCGUGCAGAAAUUCCUGCAGAUGGAGAAACAGAUUCAGGACAUUAUAACGGAGAAAAUGGAUUACGAGCGGAUCAACGAUGAGCUGAAGAUCAAAUCGAAAGAAAUGGAACUGGCAAACGGCUCCUUGAAGGGCAAACUGAACGAACAGCAACAGAAGACCUACGUUUUGGAGAAGCAGAUCGAGGAUCUGAUGGCCGAGAAAAAAGAAUUCGACGCGUUCGUCGAGUUGCAGAAAAGGAUGACAGAGAUGGAGCAAGCGUAUAGCCUGUUGCAACGCAAGCUGAACGAAGGUGAGCCGAACAUCCUUAAAUUCGACGAUCCGCCGGACACGUCUUCAACUGAGACUAUCACGUUCGAUAACAGCAAAUUUGAGCACGCUGUUCCGAAGUCGCUGGAGCAAUUGAAGGAAAAGGAGGAGCCUUACGACAGUUUAAUCGAAGAGAAGCAGGAUGCGGAAGCGCCGAUCAGUAUCGACAGUAUCGAGGAACCGAAGGAAGCCGAAUCGUGCAAUAACUCGACGGAAGACAAUGCGGAUAACGUGCUGGAAUCCACGGUACACGAGUCACGAGUCGAAACCGAACACCACAGUUCCGCUCAGGACGAGUUGAACGGGGAACAGUUGCAUUUACAAAGAAUUCGAGAACUAGAGGCGCAAGUCGCGAGACUGACCGCCGAGAGAGGCGAGCACGAGCGGAUCUCCGCGGAGCUGCGUGAACAAUCGACGAAGAACUCAUCGGGGGAGGAAACGACGGGUGAUCACGACGACGAGGUUGUUCGUCUGAAGAGUCACGUGAACGAUCUGCAAAAUAUCAUCCAGGAUAUUCAGAGCGAGAACGCGCGUCUGAAGGAGCUCGCGCCGACGAGGUCGGCGAUGUUAGAACACGAAAGCGACUUGUACAACAGCGACUUCUUGUGCAGCUCAUCGAAAAUCGACUUGUCGAGCACGAGGAUGUCUCUGGACGAGGACAGCGCCAAAUUGUCCGCGGAUCUUGUCACGAAGACGCAGGAAUUGGACGAGAUCAAGCACGACGUGCAAAGCUUGAAGGAGGACAUCGAGAAGCUGCAGAAAACCAUAUUGCUGUUGACAACCGAGAACACCGAGUUGGCGAGCAAACUGUCAGCGGAGAAGGCCUGCGCCGACCAGUCCGCCGCGCAUCUUCAGAAAACGAUCGACGAGCUGUACGCGCGCAACUCGAGUGUCACGAACGAGAAGAUCGAGCUGGAGAAUAACAUGGCGAUGCUGAACGAGCAGUUGGAGGCGCUCCGCUCGAAGAUACCGGAGGUCAAUUUGAACGAAGAGCAGAUGAUGCUCAAGUACGAAGAGCGGAUCAACGGAUUGACCACUAAGAACGCAGAAUUGCUCAGCACGAUCGCGGACAACAUGAGAGAACUCGAGAUGUUGAAGGAGAGUAAGUCUCUUCUGUACGAACACGAUUGCAAGUACAAGGACAAGUGGAUGGAUCUCGUGCAGCAACACGAAUACCAGACGAGCGAGAACAACGAGCUCUCCACUGAUCUGAUGGACAAAAUCGAGGAGAACGACAGUCUCAGGCAGGAAUGCGAGAUCUUGAAGAGCAAGCUGGAACUGUCUCUGAAGAAUAAGGAGGACGUGGGCAACAACGACACGGAGCAAUUGAGAACGGAGAAUACAUUGCUGAAGACCGAGCUGAUGGAGCUGAAGGCCAACGUGAGAACUUUGACGGAGGUGAAUACGAAGAUGUCGAAUCAGCUGGAGGAGACCAUGGAAGACCUGGAUAACGCGCGGAAGAUGAAUUCGUGCAACAACACUCUGCAUCUGUCGACGAUACUCAACAGCAGUUCAACGGCGAACGACACGAUGAACAAGACUCUGGGGGUCGGUGAAGAUCCCGAGGUGAGGAUCUUGAAUCUGCGAGAAGAAGUCAACCAACUCACGCAUCUCAACAGGAAACUCAGUGACCUCAAGUUAAGCACGUGUACUCAGUGCUCUCACUUGAAGGAGCUGAUCGAUAAUCGAAGGAUGCUGAAGCUCGAAGUUAAGUCUCUCAAUCACAGAUUGGCGGACUUGCAGAAGAAGUUCGAUCGCAAAUCUGCGAGGUCCGACGCGCUCAUCAUGAGGGCGCAGGAGAACAUCAAUAGCAGCCUGUGCAAUUCGUCCAUCAACACCAGUUUCUCGGAGAACAUAAACGUCACCUACUUCGAGGAGCAACUCGAGUGCAUAAGCAACGACAUACAAUCUCUGAAGGAGGACGACAAUAAAUUGUCGGAUCUCUGUAAGGAGAAGUGUGACGAGGUCGAGGAGUUUCAGAUCAACAGCGUCUCGGACUGUGCUUUCGCCGACGACGAGAGUUUCAGCGUCAAGAAGCCACCGAGCAAAACUUCCUCGAGAAUUAACAAUAUCGAGAAAGUUAUGGGCAGUUUGCAGGACGAGCUGCAGGACUUGAAGAGGAACCACCUGAGCGUAAAGACGGAUCUCGACAAAUUCACCGGCGAGAAGGAAUCCCUGCUGGAAGAGAUCAAUUCACUGAGGACUGUCAACGAAGGUCUGCUGCGGAAGCUAUCGGAGAACGAACUCUCGCUCACCACCGCGUCGGAGAAGGUGGACAUCCUUGAGAACGAGGUGACUGACAUGACCAAUCGACUGCAGGAGCUUACUGCGAAGUGCAUCGAAAUCGAGAAUGCGAAGUUGGUUCUCGAAGUUGAAGCGGAAAUGCUGCGAGAAGACAAAACGAUGAAAGAGGGGACGAUUGACGGGUUACGCCAGAGUCUUACCUGCCUGCAACACGAACUGGAUUUGAUAAAGAAACAGAAAGAGGAGAUGGCCAGUAGCAGCAACUCCUUGGAGCAAGAGUACGAGAAGAAGCUGACAUCACUGAUGGCGAUGAACGAGGAGCUGACUAAUUCCAAGGCGACUGUCUCGCGGGAAUACGACAAUUAUUCCAAAGAAUCGGAAAACAGACACUUGGAAUUGAUGGAGAAGAUGAGCAAAUGCACUUCCGAGAACGAAUAUCUGAAGCAGGAAUUGAUCAGGCUGCGUGACGUCGAAGAGAAACUCGAAAAGAUGAAGAACGAGUACGAAUUUAAGACUCAACAAGAUAACACACUGGCCGAGGACAACAAGAAGCUCAAAGAUGUGCUGAACACCACCUCCGUGAAUAUCAUCAAAGAGAUUCAGUCGCUGAAACCAAAGGUCGACACGUACGAGUUCGUGGAUAAGUCGGUGGACGAGCUGUUCCGGGUGUUCCUGCAGACGAUCCUGGCGAAGGAGAAAGAAAUCGCGAAGACCAUGCAGCGGCACUUUGAGAAGGAGAGGCAGAAGCUCGAGGACGAGAAACGGCAGCACGUGGACGCGGAGAAGCGCGCUAUGUUGUGGGCGAAGGAACUAGAGGGCGAGAUAGAGAAGCUCCAGGGCGAUCUGUCCAAGCGGGAGACCAUAUCCGACGAGUUGCAGAAGGAGGUUGCGCGAUUGCAACAUGUGCUGGAGGAGAACAAUCAGGAGAAGGACGCGUUGAGGGAGAGGAACGACCUGCUUGAGACGGAUCUCAGUAAUCUGCAGGUAGAGUUCGACAGGUACUCGAAGAACGGCACCGUAAACGAGGAGGCCAUCAUUAUCGCGCAGAAGCGGGAGAAACAGGCGCAGGAGACGAUCAAGAACAAGGAAGCCGAGUUCCAGAUGAAGCUGAAGUCGGAGAAGGAGGCGCACAACAGACGCUUGGAAGACCUCGCCUGCACGAUCGAAUCGUUCAAGACGAAGAACAUGGAGCUGACGAACAACAUCGAGGGUCUCACAGCCAACCAGAAGCAACUGACGAACAUCAUCGACCUGAAAAGCAACGAGCUGAUGAAGUGCAAUCAGAUCAUCCAGAAAAUGCAGUCCGAGUCGGAACAGCUGACGGACGCCUACAACGAGCUGAACCAGGAGCUGGAGGCGAAGAAGUCGCGUGUCGCGGAGAUCACGGAACUCCUGAAGGCCAAGUGCGACGAACUGACGGAGUACAAGACCAAACUCGAGACACUCAUGCACGAGAACAAUUUCCUCAAGCAGCAGAUCAGCGAACGGAAAGCCAAUGUGGAUCAAUACAAGAUGGAGAUGGAAGCUCUGAAGAUGACGAACGAAAAGGCCAUAGAUGCGAUCAAAGACAAAUUGAACUUGACGGAGCUGAAGAGUGCCGAGUUGAACAAACAGAUAACCGAAUUGAACAACAAGAACAUCUCCUUGACGGAGGAGUCGAAGAAAUUGAGCAGCGAUAACGAGACCCUGCGGUCCAAGUGCAUCAUGUUGGAGAAGAGGGUCCGUAACAGCACGAGCAAGAUCCAAGCGGAAGAGCAGAUGGAGGAGUUGAAGGACUUGAACAGAUCGCUGCGAAACAACCUGGACGGCGCCAGCAAUCGGAUAACGGAGCUGCAGGCGGCCAAGGCCGACUUGAUGAAGCAACUGGUCACUUUGAACAGCCAAUACGAGUCCACGUGUAGAGAGAACGGGGAGUUGAAGGAAACGUUGUCGUCGUACAAGUCCAAGUACAACGACGCGUACGCGAACGCAUCCAGUGAGAAGUACGACGCUCUGUUGCGGGAGAAGAACCAGAUCGCUUUGGAACUGGAGGCGGUGAAGGUGCAGUUGAACCAACAGAGCCGAGACCUCGAGAAUCACGCGAGCAAGGUGAAGGAGCUGACGGAGAAGAACGUGGAGCUCGACCAGGAGUCGGAGGAACUGGCGGAGGUGAUACGGCAGAACAACGAGGAGAACGCCAGGCUGCAGGAUCGAUACUACUCGUGUUGUGUCGAGACCGACGCGCUCAAGGAGAAGGUCGAGGCGCUCGAGAAGAGGAACCAGAGCCUUCUGUUGCAAGCCGCGCAGAGGAUCAACUCCACGUCGGCCGAAAAAACCGAGAAGCCGACCCACGACGAUGCGUGCAGUUGCGCGAUGUUGAAGGACAAGAUACGCGAGCUGCAGUCCGACGUGGUGUGGAAGAACGGCAAGAUCGCGACGUUGGAGCUGCAGAUACGCAGCGGCAGCUUCCCGUAUCAGGCCAAGUGCAAGGAUUUACAGGAACACCUCGCGACGUACAGCAACAAGAACAGCGAGCUGAAGGCGGAGGUCAAGCGGCUCCAGUUGGCGAUGCUGCGCACCAGCGCGAAGGAAUGCGACGCGUGUAAGGAGAGACUUGUAAAUAGGAGGAACCAGACGUGCCAGACGAUAGCGGACAACGUAGUGCGAUUUUGCAGCACGAGUAGCGGCAUCAUCGACGAGGAGCUCAGAAUAGUGAAAUUGGAGAAGGAGAAGAAAAUCAUGAAAGACCUGUGUCGUUCUCGCUCGAAGACGAUAAAGGAGCUCGAGAAACGAAUAGAGGAGUACGAGACGUUGUUGCAAUCCAGAUAAACCGCGGAGAGCAUAUCCUCGCGUCAAUCAUCACCACCGACUAAAUUUUAUAUCCACGAACGUGAAUUUUUACACUUUCGAAGACAGUAGAAGACCUGUGAUAUAGAGUGAUUAGACUUUAACUCUUGUCUUGAAUAUAGGAUUGUACAUAUGAAAAGUAUAUUGCGACUGACUUCCCAACAAAUCAGUAAGUACGAACACCAACGACUUAGCCACUUUGUUCCCUUGUAUAAUCUACUGUGACGUGCCUAUUCGCGCACAUCUGAUAUGGAGAAAAUCUUUCUGUACUAUUUUUCAUAACUCGAACGAUUUGAAGAAUUGUAUUAUCAUCUACUGGCUGAACUGCAGAACCGCACAUUUAUCCACGUAGUGAGUUAAGUGAGUUUGUACGCACACACAAUGAAGAAUACACGAGAUCGAAUCCUUUGGACUGUAAGGCAAGUUUGUAAAGAAAAUCAUGAUGGAAUCGCUAUGUAUUAUUGUUACACAGGUUUCAUAGACAGUAGGAUGAUACGUGACUAAAAAAAAAAUUUCCACACAAAAACACAUAAUAUGUAUAGGGAGUUUCAUUUCUUGCGUAUAUAAUAACCCCACACACACACACACACACACACACACACACACACACACACACACACACACACAAAAU